CGGCAUAGGUCAAAGGAAACUGAGCCGCAUCUUUUGUCCUUCGGAACCCAGCGGUGCCCGGGAAAACUUGAUGUUCUGUGCACAUCAAACGACGGCAGCAAGCGCAGUCUAAUGCAACGCACGGGGUAACUCGAGGCACCCGGGAGCAAAGGGCGCGGAGCAGGGCGGCCUCAGGCACCGGCCAGCCGGGCGGCACCACUGCCACGGCUGCUGAGACAGCCGCACGUUUCCUCAGGCGGCCCUCCCGCCGCGUUCCCUCCAGUUCCCGGCCGGGAUCGGGCCCUCUCCCGGCGGGAUCGGCCCCUCUCCCGGCGGGAUCGGGCCCUCUCCCGGCUCCCCGUGCCCCGGGCUGCCGCAGGCCGCGGCGCUGGCGGGACGGGCGGGCUGAGGGGCGGCGGCCCGGAGAGCUGCCGGGGCCUGUGGCGGCCGCAGCACCGCCGGUACUCGGGGGAAAGGCGACAGCACGGGCAUUUAAGAUGCUCUUAGGGUGCUUAAAUAAGUUAGGACUGUGGUCACAAACUGACGGUCUGCUCUGCAGAGAAGCCGGAAGGACAUCGCAGUAUCACAUCGCAGUUCUUCACUUCUGCCUGAAAUGGCCGAGCAAAAUUCCCCAUCACUAGCUGAAGUUGUAAAACGAGUUGCAGAGCAGCAGCAGUCACAGGUGUCAAACAUAGAAAAAAGUAAAUCAGUUCUUUUCCAAUUGCAGGCAAAGUGCCAGGAACUAGAAAAUGAAAUGAAUUCUAUUCUGUUAGAAACAAAGACAACAGAAAGGGAAAUACAUCUGCAAGAUGAUGCUAUAGAAGUGACAAAAUAUUGCUGUGAAAAUCUGGAGGUCCAAGUCAGAGCUCUGUAUUCUGAAAAUUUAAAAUUGAGGUGUGAGGCAGAAACAGUACAAGAGGAGUUUGAGAUGAUACUUGCAAGAAAUAAUGAAUAUCGGGGAAAAAUAAAGGAUCAUAAACAUCUUUUUUGGGAGAUGGAAAGUAAAUUGCCAGUUAUGAUUGAACUUGCUAAAAAGAAAGCAGUUGUAGAAGAAUUAAAGGCAAAGAAAGAAGAAUUAAUAUGUGAUCUCCAGAAUCCAGAAGGAUCUGUUAUAAAACAAGUGCAGGAAGAAAUCACACUUUUAAAAAGUGAAAUCACAACACUGAAAGAUUUAAUCAAUAAAAAAAGAGAUCUGCUGGAAGAAGAGAAGAAAAAGCAUGCUAAGCUUAGAAAGGAAAUUGAGGUACAGAAUAAGAGAUAUGAUGCUAUAUUAAAACGUUUGCAUUGCCAACUGAACAAAGUCCAGUCAAAUAAAAGACAAUGGCACUGGAACAUUCAGCAGUUGGAGAAGAAGGCUGCAGAACUAAGAAAGUGUCUUGGAGUAGCAGAGUUACAAAACAUCGUGUAAUAAACUUAACAAAGAUAGAAUGUAUAUAAUCUUUUCCAGGCAGGGGAGUUUUUUCUGGAAAUGCUACAAAUCUUAAAUAGCUUGAUAACUGGCCUUACUGAUUAUUUUCUUUUUAAUGGUUUUGUCUUUCAUUUUGUGGUGUAAACUGAUAGCCACAAUAAUGAAAUGGCUGUUCAGAAAUAGCUGUUCAGGAAGAAAGUUACUGACACUUUGAGGUGUUUUCGAAAUAUGUUUUAUCUAAAAAGUUAUUUGAAAGUCAACCAAACAAGAUUUGGGAAGUUCGUUCAUAUUUCACUUGGUCUCUUAGAGAGAAAUUAAUAUUGGUAUCUAUCUGCACUCCUGAGACACCGAAGUUCUUUUGUCCUUUAUCCAUAUCUUUUUAUUGCAACUUGCUAAGGAACUCUGAAAGCUUUGAUAGCCCGUAUUUUGCUCUGCAGUCUGCCAGGAUGUUUUGGCAUGGGGGCCAAAGGCUGUCCAGGUGUAAAAGGCUUUGGAACAAGUACGCUCAUAAGUGGACUUCAAAUAAUCUGACUUCAAUUGGUCUAAUAGAUGUUAGCAAAGAGGAGGGAGUACCAGAUCUGGACAGCUUGUAAAAUAGAACAACUCACCCUCAAGAAACAGGAAUACAUUACAGAUUGAUGAUAGAGGAAUUUAUUGUCUACAGGAUUUUAACUAAUAUCAGCCAUCUAACAUCUUAGUGCUUAAUGAUCUAAGAUGACUCAACAUAAAUGACAAUGUAUUAAAAAAUCUUGUUAAAACAGUAGUGAACAGUAGCCAUUUUCCUUUACUUUCUUUUUAUUUUUAUAUUGCUUGGGGGGAUUUGAAAAGUUUACAAUACUUUCCCUACUCUUACACUUAAGGCAGUCGUUCUGCUUGGACAUAACUUGUAAUGUUUAUCUGUUCUAUGGAAGUAGCUUUUUAUUUAAGGUGUUGUCUUGAAUAAUUUAGAUUUACCUUUACCCACGAAUAUAAAAUGAAGACUUGACUAUUUACUGUAAAAAAUGUUAAACUGCUUAUAUAUUGUUAUCUUAGAGUACCAUUAUUACCUUCAUAUAUUAAUGUAUAUUUACAUUACCCUUAAUAUGUUAUUUCACUUAAUAUAAAGUUAUUUUAAGCAAUAUCCUGAUUCAUUAAGACUCUCUCUCAAUGUUGUUAGUCUCUCAAGACUUUUUUGCUCAGUCUUUUUUCUUUGCAGUAGUACGAACCAGGCUGCUUUCAUUACAGUAAUAAAGUAGAAAUAAAAACCCCAAUAUCAUAAUCUAUAGUAACAAUAUGUCCUGAAUAUUGAUUCUUACUGUGUAUGUAGCAUGAAACUGUAACAUUGCAAUUGUUUAUCCCAACACAGAGCAAAAUAGCAUCCAUUUUAUGCAUGUGUGUCUUCUAGAAAGGGUCCAGAUCUGAAAAGUUGGAGAAUUUACUGUGUUAUUGUUAAUUUGAGCAAUUAUCUGCUUUUCUUUUAUUUUUCAUGAUUCCUAGUUUCCGUUUAUUCAUCUAUCAAAUGAAAUGAGUGUACUUUAUAUCAAGUACAAUGAUAUAAGUAAAAAUAGUAACGUGCUGUC